CAACAGCAGAACGUUCCAUCACCAAUUGGCACGAUGGAUCGUUCGACUGCCACUGUCGAAUUACAUCAAUUACAUCAUCACCAGCAACACCAAGAAGAGCAUCAACAACAACAACAAUAUUACACUCUCAACAAGAAAAAGAAGAGAAAUUUGCUCCUUCUCAUUAUUCUCUCCUUGUUUGGUGCUAGUCUCUUGUUGGUUUUGGCUUUCCCAUUGAUGAGAAAAUUGUUCCAUCAUCACUUUGGUCACCAACAAGAACAUCAUAACGGAAUGAUGGAUUCGAAUCAACAACAUCAUUACUUCCAUAGAAAACAUGGCUCUCCAGAUGGCCUUUUUCAUAGACAACAUUCACCACAAGGGGCUCAUCCGAAUCCAUUCAAAGAAUUUUCUCAACAUCAACAUCAUCACGAUCGUCACUAUAAUUCCAUUCAUCUCAAAAAUAGACAAAUUCACAUUCCUUCUACAGAUGAUCAUUUUAAGAGAUUUGGAAAUUCUCAUCAUUCUCAAUCACAACAAUUUUCCUCCUCAAUUAUUAAACUCUUCCGUUCAGCACUUUCAAUCUUUUCUUCAGAAAAGAAUGAAAAUUUUGGCGCCAAAACUACAAGAAGCUUGAAUGAAAAGGGUGAGAUGAUGCAAACCUUCUUAUUACAUUUUAAAAAAAAUUACGAUAAAGUUGGCGCGCAAAGACAAGCAACAACAAGAAGCAAUGCAGAAGGAAAGGAUGAAGUUUUUGAGGCUUGGUUAGAGAAGGGCUUGAAACAAUUCAAUGUUCGAUUGGGACAUUAUAUUCCUCACAGAACUUUUAUGAUUAGUGGAAGUGAGAAUAAUGUUUGGAGAGCAAGAGAGUGGAUUAAUUCUGAAUUGAGUGAAUUGUCUUGGUUUGAAUCAUUGUUUGAAGAGAGUGAGGCUUGCUGGAUUGGACCAGUUGAGAGUAAGGAUAAAUCAGUUUCUGAUGAUAUUUUGGAAGUUCACUUGGAUAAGACUGUUGCAGUUGAACGUAUCAUGAGAGGUGAUGCACCAUAUGAUGAUGCUUUCAGAUACAUGACAAGAAAAUUGUUGGCUAACAAUGAUAAGGGUAGAGAUGUACAUUUUAUUGUUACUGCCAAUGUUGCCAAACAUGAAAGUAAGGAAGAAUUGGAAAAGAGUGAACUUUUGAAUGCAAAUUCUGAAAUUAUGCAAAGGCUCAAGAAACAUGACAUUGUCAAUGUUCAAGCUGUUUCAAAUUCCAAGAUUGCCAUUGGUGUUAAUGGUCAUAAGGAUGCAAUGAAUGUUGCUCAAGAUCUCAGAGAACACGGUUUGAUUCAUUGGGUGGAAGUUAAAACUCCAACCACCACCCACGGUAAAUAUUCGAAUGGUCUCGUCCAAAGUUAUAAGAAACCAACAGAGAAACCAAUUUGGAAUAUGGGCAUUACAGGUCAAGGACAAGUUAUUGGUGUAGGUGAUACUGGCGUAGAUUAUUAUCAUUGUUUCUUCUAUGACGAAAAUAAUGAACCACCAUUCCAAACUACUUUGGCUGGCGCCUCAGCAACAACCACCUCUGCUCACAGAAAGUUCAAAUCAUUCUGGGCCUAUAUGGACAAGAUUGACUCUGAACAAGGACACGGUACUCACGUUACAGGUAUUGCUGCUGGUAAGGCUCACACCUCAAGUAAUCCAACCACUAUGCAAGAACACAAUGCAGUAGCUCAAGAUGCUAAACUUGCUUUCAUGGAUGCUGGUUGUGAUACUGACUCUUGUAAAUGUCCUGCUGAUGUUUUGUGUGAAUGCGAUAUGAAGGAUGGCAAGAUUUGUCCAAAAAAGUUCGGUGUUGUUUACUUGCCACUCGAUCUUUAUGAAUCAUAUUUCCCAUACUUUUAUCAAAAUGGAGCCAGAGUUGUUAGUAGCUCAUGGGGAACUGGCUUUUUCAAAGAUUUUGGAUUUGGUUAUUCCACAAAUUCUAGAGAAAUUGACAUGUUUGCUUGGGAAAAGAAAGAUUUCUUACCAGUCUUUGCUGCUGGUAAUAGUGGUGGUGUUUUUGGUUAUGCUUCUCUAACUAGUGAAGCUGAAUCAAAGAAUGGUGUUUCUGUUGGAGCUUCUUUGAGCACCUAUCAAAGUUUCGAACAAACUGUUAACCUGACUUCUACUCAAUUAAUUAUUGACAGAUUGAGAAUUGAACUCUAUCAAAGAUUUUGCCAAAAAUCAAGUGAUUUAUAUGAUGCUGACAAGUGUACUGCUGCCCAAAAGUUCACCACUGUCGAUGACUGCUGUAAUAAUGGAGGAAAAUGUACUACAAUUAGUAGCGCUUGUUGUGGUGUUCAAACUUUCUCUCCAUUCACAACCAUUGGUUUCAGAUGUUGCCCAGAUUGUAUCAGACUUGAAAUGAAGGAACACCCAGAAUAUUACAGUCAAGAAAAUCUUGCAGUUUUUACUGCCAGAGGUCCAACUCUUGAUAACCGUAUCAAGCCAGAUAUCGUCACUGUUGGAGAAAAGAUUCUCUCAGCUCGCUCAGCUGGUACAACCUCAGAUAGAAAGUGUGGAGCUUCAGAAUUUAAAAAGAUUGAAGAUCAAAUGAUUUAUCACGAAGGUACUUCAAUGGCUGCACCUCUUGCUGCCUCAGCUAUUGCCUUGAUUAGACAAUACUAUCAAGAAGGAUAUUUAAGUGGAGCUAAGGAUCCUGCUAAGGGAUUCAAUCCUUCUGCUGCUUUGGUUAAGGCCACCUUGAUUCACUCUGCCAAACCAUUGACUGGUUAUGUUCAUCUGCUUUCAAAGCAUAUGUAUUGGCCACUUCAAUAUAAGGAAGGACACACCUUUGCACUUCAAAGUACAUACAUGCAAGGAUUCGGACACAUUGAUCUCAGUAAUGUCAUGGAUAAGAGUAUGAAUCUCUAUAUUCCAAACAAGGAAGAUGCCCAACUUUCAACAGGUCAAGCUCACCAAUAUUGUCUCAAUGUCAAGUCUCAAGCAACUAAUCCACUCAAGGUAACAAUUGUUUGGACCGAUCCACCUAGUUCACCUGCAGCAAAAAUUCACCUUGUCAAUGACUUGGACUUGGUUGUCGUUACUCCAAGUGGUGAUAAAUUGUUUGGUAAUGGAGGUAAAUCUUCUGUCAAGCAAACAAGAGAUGAACCUGAUCAAUUGAAUAAUGUAGAACAAGUUGAAAUGGAAACAACUGAUCCAGUAGGAAAGUACAAUAUUAUCGUGAGAGGUAAUGCUGUAACUAAAGGACCACAACCAUAUGCUAUCGUUAUUACAGGUGAUUUUGAACUUACAAGUGGUUGCGCUGCUUAUUCUUUCAUUCCAUAUGCUUAUUUGGCAGAAAGAGUUCAAACAUACAGUAACUUGUCUAUUGCUUUUGGUAUUCUAUCAGUUAUUUGUAUUCCAGCUCUUGCAUUCUUAUUACCACCUCUAGUCAAGGUUAUAGAUCUGCAGACAUUGGUCAAAACACAAGAACCUAUGUCGAUAUUGGAGACGAUGACAAUUUUGAAUUGA